AUGUCGACCCUCGCCACCGCCGACCUUGGGCCCUCUGACGAUGAGGCCGACACUGACUUCGUUCCCGAGGGCCCCAAGAAGAAAGCCCCUCGUGUGGCGGGUCAGGCCGCCGGCUCGGACGACGAUUCGGGCGACGACUCUGACGACGAGGGUGGCGCGGAGGAGGUGAGCGACGAGCUCAAGAAGCUGCGCCAGGAGCGCGAAGAGCAGGAGGCGCUCGACAGGAAACAGCGCGCUGCCGAGGCCUUCCGUGCCAUGCUCGAGGAGGAAAAGCUCGGUGGACCCCUCGGUGGCGUGCCCCGAGUGCAGGUCGAAAUGGUCGAGAUUCAGCGACCACGUCGUUUCGCCGGUGAGACGAUCUAUGAAACGGUCUGCCUCCCGAGUGACGACCCAGAGGUUAUUCGUUACCUGCAGCAGCAGGAGCAGAAGCGCCUCGCGAGCGAGAUGUCGCCGUCCGGCUCUGGCUCUGUCACACCGACGCAUAACGGCAACGGACACACUGAGGCCGCCGCCGCUAUCGCCGCGACCGAGUCGCCGUCCAAGCCGCCUCUUCGGAAAGGACCGAUGCGCAAGCGUCCGCGGCAGUCGCUCGAGGCCAUGGCUGCCGCUAUCGACAAGGGAAAGAAGAUGACGACGCUGGAGAAGAUGGACUGGAAGUCACUCACGUCCUCGGACAAGCAUCUCGCGGACGAGCUGCAGGCGAACCGGCGAUCAGGCGGUUACCUAGAGAAGCAAGCGUUCUUGGAGCGUGUUAGCGAGCGCAAGGAGUCGUCUGCGCCGGGCAGCGCAUCGUCCGGAUCGCGCCGCGGCUGA